UAUCUUUCUUUUCUCCAAAGGUUUCUGUCAAUUUCAAUGUCACAUCCUCUUAACAAGGAUCUAGUUAGAGAUUUUGAGUAACUUGAAUCGUAAGUUAUCUUAGGGCAUGUCUCGUAGAAACUUUACCUUAGUUUGGUUUGGGAAUUGGCAUUAGAGCCUGAUUGUACUGGAAACAGAACCCGAACCCUAGUUAUGGCCAUUAAUUACUAUGACAACUUAUCUUCCAAGAAAUAUACAAUCUUACAAAUCAGAGUUUCUUGAAUUCCGUCAACGGAUUAAAGAGUCGAUUAGGAAGAAGAUGCAAAACGGAAACACUAUUAUAGCUCCAACAUCACAGACACAUGAGAGCAAAAGUAAUCUUCCUUAUAACGACUUUGGUUCCUUUUUUGGUCCUUCUCAGACUGUUAUUGCUUCAAGAGUCUUACAAGAAAGCAAAGCGCUUUUAGAAAACAAGACAUCGGCUGCUAAAAUGUUAAACUCGAUUCAAAAUAAGAAAAGUCCUGUUCAAAUUAAUGCGAAUGAGGUGAAAAGAAAAGCUGAGAAACUUAGGGAUGCAAGAGACUACUCUUUCCUUUUCUCUGAUGAUGCUCAGCUUCCUGUUUCCAUCAAGCAACCACCUAAGUUUAGACCAAGUUCCAGAGAAAUCCAAAUGAAUCAUUCAAAACAGGCUUCUUCAGGCAGCCAAAUGCUGCCAAGACCAGGUUCAUCAACUAAUGUUGAAGCGCACAUGAGCGGGGAUUCUGCAAGAAAGUACUCUCGAAAGCAGAAAUCGAUUAGCAAGAAUGGCCAACCAAGUUCUAAAUUAGGGCCUCAGAGACAACUGUCCUCAUCAAAGCCUUUGACAUAUGAUCCUAAACAACAAAGGGUAAAACAGAGGAAUGUUUCCUUGGAACUCACAAGGUCGCAACUGCCUCCUGCCAAACACCAGUCGAUUAGCGAACCACCAUUGAAGCGAGCUCUUCAACUGAAGAAGAAGAAGAAGAAGAAGCCAGUGAAAAUGUCAGAAGAUGAUUUGGCGGCCUUGCAAAUGGUUAGACAGAUGUGCAAGACUGAUCGUUUUGCGGGGCGUGAUCUCGACGAAGACUAUGAUGAUAGGUGCAUGGAAGCUAACUUUGAUGAUAUCAUGAGGGAAGAGAAACGAAGUGAGAAACUUGCGAAGAAAGAAGACGCGGAACAACUGCGGUUGAUAGAGGAAGAAGAAAGAGUGAGAAAGCAGAUCAAGAAGCAGAAGCUAAGCCAUUAAGAAGAAUUGUGGUUUAGGGUUAGAGAUCGAAUCUACGUUUCUGAUCUUGUUAAUAAUCAAGUGAUCAGAUUAAUUAUAGAACUCUACGCAAGGAAAGAGUUUUCUGUUUUCUUUAUUAGGCAAUGACAUUUGUUUGUUUGUUGUUACACUUUAGUGAGACUUGACAAUGUA